AUGCGUGCCGCGAAGAAACCCGUUGACGUAAAGUUCAUUUUUAUCUUUUGCUAUUCGUUAGCCUCUUCAAAAGAAAAUACCUAAAAACCCGAGAUACGCGGAUGUAGUGUCCUCGAUAAACACGGGUGCCAGCUUAACAAGCUACUUAAGGAGAGUAGAUGAAUUUAACGAAAGUAAGUCACUGUCCCCACUAAUUUCCACAGAUUACAAGAUCAAGCCGGAUGAAAUAUUUAGAAGAAUGAAAAUGACUACUUUUGUCCAACUUGUUGUGCAGGUUGCCGAAGUCAAUGGCGUCGGUACGCAUACAUAUUUGCUUAAUUCAUAUCUAACCUCUAAACCUGAAAGAAGUUGCAAGAUGUGUAUAUGGUGGACGUAGGACAAGCUUGCAGAAAUAUUGUGUGAAAGUUUAAAAAUAGCCUACAUAUGUUUAUUUGGGAAAAGGGGCAACAUAGUCAUUUUAUAAGUCGAAAUGGGAAUACUUUUCUUUUAUUGCAGUACUGCAAUAAACGUUUAUGGUUUAAGCGUUUAUACCAUAAACGUUUAUGGCUUCGCCUCUUGAAUAACUCGCCUACUGUUGUCACAUACCAACAGGUUAGCCAUUGAGGCAACAAACCACAAGUCAUCGUCUUACGGUUUGUCGUUUUGUCUUUCGUCAAAUGAGUGUGAGAAGAAAACAGCAUGAAAGCUUUCAUGCUGUUUUUUCUCAAAAUAUAACAUUCAGCUCAGCUCCAAAAAAGUCGGAAUAACUCUUGCCGGUCGGGCUUACCUUCGAGAACUGCAUAGUCCUUGUGAAGGAUUUCUGCAAAUGUUAAGAAAACUUGCACUUUUUCGAUUGACAUUAUUUAGUAGGGUUUUCUUACCAAGGUCUUGAGGGGUGCCACCACUGAUUGAUGGUUAUUGGACCUUCUAUAUGUGCGAGGUAUUUGCGAUAGAUCUGUCACUGGCACUGUCUAUGCGAGACGUACGGCCACAGUUCUUUGACGUCCCAGAGGUCUCUGUGGUUCGUAAAUGUACUGCAGCCUCUCGCCUACGGGUUGCAUACCGAAGACGCACAUUUAUUUUACCCACUGCUUUAUGAUAAAUGGCUUUCCGUUAAUACUCCAUAACGUGCCUCUGAAUGUUGUUUGCUACAGCAAACAACAUUCAGAGGCACGUUAUGGUUGUAUAUGGUUGAUAACAGCUGCCUGUUGAGACUCGCUCUCAGUAUGACAGUGAAGAUUUCUGGCAUCUGGGCCCGCUAUACCUAAUCCAUACUAGCAGGACGGUGUGCUCGUUUUUCUGUGCUCGCGCGUUUUCUCAGGUAGCACUGGUUGUCUGUCUGUCAUGGGCUAGUUAGUAUGACGCUGUGGAGCUGAAACCACAUGCCAUACCCAGUCAGCGUUACCGUAUGCUUAAAGCAGAAAAAGCAAGUAAUGUGCCAACAUCAUGCUCGCUCAUUCUAACAGAGGUCCAUUUAGUUGCGUUAAAACUGCAGACUUUUUGUUUCAGCAACUGGCGAAGUGGAUGCCGUCCCUGAAGACAGGAGUGCAACGACUGCUAGUGUGGAGGAACCGUCCAAAGUGCGACCAAAGCUUGAAUCGUAAGGCCGUUUGAUUUCCACUUUGCUUUCUCUCCGCCAAAGUUUUCUAUUCUCCGUCCAUGUUAUUAUUUAAUUCUUCGGUACAACGAUAUAUAGAGUUGCCCCAGUGAGUAACCUUUAGCUCCAUGUAAUGAUACUGAUUUACAAAGUCAAUCAGCUGCUUUGAGUUUUGGACACCCGGCAACAAUAAUAUUGUUUAGACCUGCUUGCCUUUUCCUGUCAGGGAUUCCCAGGUAUAUAGACUCUUUGUAUGGGCAGCGAGCGCAAAGGUAAUUUUCAGUUUGCUAGUAAACCUUUUUGCGCUAGCGAAGACCACAUUUUCAUCUAGUUAAGGCGGCGUCUCUGUUUGAAAUGUGGCCUUAAGUAUUGUAUAAUUCGCCUUGAUCUGUUCAUUUUUUACUCCUGUUAUCUAAACGAGGUGAACUGCGUCCGUUAUACAGAUUUCACCAAGGACAACCCUAAAUGAAACACGACAGAGCAGUUUACAACUGAUAGUCUUCAGGCCUUUCAGAUUUUUAGUGUUGAUAAUCGGACUUUCCGAAGAAAAUCCAUCAUUAAGCCCUCCCCUAACAUAAGGGAAGACGAUUUUCAUAAAGCGAUCUACCCGCGGAAAGGAUAAGUACAAGGCUACUCCACAGACAAUAAUGUACAAGUUUGGCAUGCCUUAUUCAAGGUCUGGGGCGCCACAGCUGACAAGUGUUUGAUUUUCUUUAGGGAUCGUUCAUUUAUUAAAACAGCUAGAUUGGGUAGCUAGAUAGGGCAAACUGGAUUUUUUCCUGGAAACAUGUCAACAACACCUUAUUUAGUUUGUUUUUGCACUUCAGUUUGUUUAUUUGCUUAUUUCUUUCAGCGGUUUCGCCUUUUUACAGUGUUAUUCGUGGGAUUGGCGAAAUAGACGUGGUUUCGGACCGUUCACCGGCACGCUCUUCCACGGCUUCUCUCUUGGGUGACUGCGUCAACAAACCGUAUCUCUUGCUUGACGUUCGUGACAGCGAUGAUUUUGAUAGCUGUCAUAUUAUCGGGGGUAAGUAUUUUGUCAAUUGUACCAUAUCACAACGUCUGUUUUUGGCAAGAAGAGAUAUUUACACAGUUUAGCUAUUAUAUUUCGAUGCGCUGGGGCUCUUUUUUGGAACAUGUUUCUUGGCAAGUUUGGGUGACCAGUGUGAUAAAAAUGUAAUGAUUCCGAAGGAUAAGCUUUAAAACAGAUAUUCUUUACACAUCUAUACUUUGGCUGACAGUUCUCGAGGGAACCCAACUCUACUUGAUUGUAGAUCAAUAAUCCCUCCGUUCAGUCAUACGCCAAACCUCAGAGGUGGGGGGGCUGGUUGCAGUUUUCCUACUCCAGUAAAUGUGUUACGUCUGCACGGUGACUAAACCACCUAAAUGCCGGAAUUAGUUAGGCAUUGGAUAUUUCCAGUAAUAAAUCUGUCAUCGUAUGAAAGUCGACUUUUUGAAUAUUUGUUUCAGAACAAACGGGCGACUGUCCGCAUGACCAUGGGCACUUUGCAUCAAUCAUAGGAUAUUGUUGGAGAAAAUUAAAGCCUGUAAUAAUUGAAUCAAAAUUUUGCACUUCUCAGCUAAUUUGUCUUUUAAAUGAACUUGAAUUAUUUGUCCAGCCAAGUGUCUGAGUUAAUUUUCCUUCCUGUGCGUAACUGCUAACAUGUAGUGUUCUCCCAUUCACGUAAACAACUGUAUUUCUGCGUAUCGGUUUUAAAUAGCUCGAAAGGCAAAAGUGGGAACCUUUAGCUCCUGUGGAAAAGAACGGAUUUUCUUCAGCGGAAUUGACACUCAUAGUUUCCAUGCUUGGACCGUUGAAGGAGUUUAUCCCCUUCAAUAGUAACAUGUUUGGCUAUGCCAAGCGUCGACCGCUAGUGUUUGUGGUUGAAUGCGGAGUCGCUCCGUCUGGCAGUGAAGUCUUUAUGCAUGCUGGCUGGAGCAACACUAAUGUACCGGUUCGCGAAGUCCUUAUCAGCUGUUUAUAUCGAAGUAGACUCCUGAACUGUUGCGGACACGGACUGAUGUCAUUUUAACCGCCUGCCUUCCGGUUGUGGACAAGGCGAAGCAGUUGAUUCUCACUCCUCACCGCCAAUUGUAAUUCAAUUAUUAAUUAUUUCACUAUUCUCACGGCAACCGUGUGUAACUACCUUACAUUUCCUUGUUUAAUCUAAUAAACAAUACAAGAUUACCCUCCUUUUUGGGGCGUGUGCCCAUCAUUUAAAUAUGAUAAACAUGCGUUUCCACGUGCUCUUCGUCUGCAUUACUUCACGUUCGACUCAAAGUGCGAUGAGUCCGUUUCCAACGAAGAAAAAACACGACUGACCUGCGGUUGGACCACCAAAUCCGCCUAACUACUAGUUUUCCCGAGUCUAACGAUAUACUGCCGAGCGAUUCUAAAAUUUCUGGAAGUAUACUCACGGUUCUGAAGAUAGCACUCGCCUCUAUGUUUACUUUUGAGGCUUCCUCCUAGUCACGAAAGUUUAGGUGCCUGUUGUAUCAGCUGGUUAGUGAGGAAUAAAACUGGCCAACAGGUAAACUAGUGUAGGCAAUCGAUCCUUUCCCUCAUAUAACUUCGACAUCAAUAUUUUUAGUAGUCUUGUCCCUCGUGAUUACUCGGGCACGUUUUUGGCUUAAACAAUUUUUACCCUUUCUCAAAAAUGCACAUUUCUGGCGGUCAUUACUCCUUCUUUUCAUCGGAGCUACGUUUUACCCAUAUUUUGGUGUCUGUUGCUCCUCCAUUCGUUUUCGGACUCAGGUUUAAGGCUCCUUUAGUAUUUGUGCUAGUAGUAUUCAAGGUUUGCGCGUUCAUUAAGGAAACUCCUAUCAACCAAUUUCAGUGGCUAAAUCACCUUUUAAGGCUUAUAUUGUAGUAUAAACUUGCAAACACAUUGUUCUCUCAUUAUUUCAGCCCUUAACUAUCCGGCUACCAUGCUCUCCAGGUGCAUGAACUUUGAGACGCGUGAGAUGCUUGCAUUUCGAAACAGACCCAACCACAUAAUUAUCGUCUACGAUGAGGAUGAACGCAUCGCUCCGCGGGUGGCAACCAUUCUGACUCAGCGUGGUUACGACAAUGUCUACCUGCUUGCUGGAGGACUUAAGGUUUGUCAAUUUUCAUUUCUAGACCUGUUGUAGUUAAGACGGUUACAGAGAGAGACUGUUCUAGGAUCAGUGGAAAGGCAGGGACCCCUCAAAGGCAUGACCUGUAUGGUGGCCUAUCUGCUGCCUACGCAACUCUUUCACGGCUGACAGAAUUUGUAAUGACCGUCGGUCAAGACUGGCUGCGAAAUAGGUAUGCCGGUGUUUGUGACGAGUAUGUGGCCGCUGACAAUCAGAGUUAGAUGAUGGCCGUUCGCACGGCAAAGCCUGUAGAAACUUGAGAGUAAAACUACUUAGAUCUCAAAAGCUCUUCAAUUAAAAAAAAUUUGUAAAUUUUAUGAAAUAUGGCAGUUCAACAGUUCGCUGGUCUCAGGACUCAGAAAGAGAGAGAGAGAGAGAGAGAGAGAGGGAGAGAGAGAGAGCUAAAUAACGUGAUUCCCCUCAUAUGUGCAUACUUACUCAAUAGGCUGUGCCAGACCACUCUGCUUCAGUAGGCCAUGGUCUUUGUAUUACGGGGGCGCUUGUUGUGGCCCCUUUACAGAUGUUUACCUUGUUCUUCCAGACUGGUCAAAGCUGUUUAAACCACCCAGGAAAAUUAACCAAAUCGGGUUUUCCUCUGUCCUAUCUUGGUGGCAGUUCGAUCGUCGUUUUCGACGAUGCCCACUGUGUGCUCCACAGCAGUGUGGGAGCGAGGACGGUGACUUACUCGUGAAUUAGCUCAUGCUGAUUGUACACUUGCGCAGCACCUACCACACCCUCCUCCCCCAGCUAGGUUCGCUGUCAUGACAGAGCCAGGAAGACCAAAGGCUGAAGAGGGUGCAGGUGACAGGCAUGGCAAAAGCCCUCAUCUAGGCGUGCCACCACACCCCCUGCUCCACCACGUACAACUGACCAGGGUUUUACACAACAAAAAGAAGGAAUUCGACUCUGAUCCCAACUGAAUGGGAGUGCCAUAAAGGCCGCAUUAAGAAGCAACCAUUGCAGUCUAGCUCUCCGUCCUCGGAGGAGGACAGAGCUAUUUCAUCGGUUGAGUCUUUCAAGCCACGGCUUUUACACACCGUAAUAGAUUCGAGCGUCUCGGAUUGUUUGUAAUGAGGAAUAUGCGUUGAGACCGUCGACCUCACACUCGUCUCAUAUACUGCCACUAGUCCGCUGUCCGAGCCGGCCAAACAACUGAUGCUGAGAUUGGGAGAGGCGACUGACAGAGCUAAAAAUAGUCCGUCUGCGCGUGCCGCACACGCGAUCGGACCCCCACGCACACGCACUAGCAUUCCACAGAGGGGAUAGGUCGACUAGGUCUCGCAUGAAGCACUGCGGCAGCAUUGAGGAGCCGAAGAACAGACUUCUCCCUUACGCGGGAGGUGCCUGCGUCUUGUGAUGUUGGAGGUCUUCAUUUGCGGCGCAUGUGUUGAUGGGGAAUGUGUGGGGAUGUGGUCUAAGCUAUAGGCCCACGUGGGGACGCUUGUGACUGAUAAGGCUCAUGCGAUGGCUAAAUGUGAGAGAGCAAUAUGGACAGUUGGGGCGAUGGCAGUGGGUGUAUGUUAGUGCUCUAGGCACCAGUUCGCCAUUCUCUGUGCGACGGAUUCGCAAGUGAAUGGCCAGACUGUGCAUGUCGUGCAUGUGUCGUGACAGUAUAGGUAGGAUAGAAUGGGAGCUGCUGAGUCGGUUGGGGUCCCUAUGCUGCUAUUGGACGUCGCGCUGGCUGAUGAGGAGUUUCUAGGCCUAGGGAUGUCAGAAUUGCUCGAUGUGCAAGGUAUGCUUGGUGUCGAUAUUGCGGUGAAUUCCGCUAUCGCGGAUGCCUAUGGGACCGGAUAGGCACAAGCGGUGAGUGAGCAGUGCAGACAAUGAAGGCGAAUGCGGAAAGCAAGUUGCUGAUAUUUGCGUUAUUAAACAAGUCCUGGUGUUCACGACGUACUCGUCCGAGAACGUGCAGGGCAGUGGGGUCGAUAGCGCCCCUCAGUUGAGACCACCGAGUCUCCACGGGGUUUUCAUCUGCAGCUCGUAGGUAGUUCAGCUGAUUAUUGGAACCGAUGUGAGCAGGCAAAUUCAAUAGAACAUUAUUUAUAUAACCUGGUGGCCACCCGAUUUGUGGUCCCCUGCGAGGUUUCAAUCGAAGCCCUCAUCCAGGAAAGGACAAGACAGUGACCGUCUGGCGUCGACGUCGCUGAUGGCCUUUGUCGCCAGCACGUCCUGUCGAUAACGCCUUCGGACGAGAGCGUAGUCCAUCAGCCUUCAGCCCCGCGAUCAGGGGUGCAUCCAGGUUGCGUGGUUCCACAUCAAAAGGCAGGUGCUGAUGAGGAGCGGUCGGCGUUCUGCGGAGGUUCGCAAAAGGAGGAGGCCGGUGUCGUUGUAGCCACCGAAACCAUGGAGACGCAACACCCCUCCAGACAAAGGGGUCUGUCCCGACCCUGCCAUGGAAGUCACCAAGGGCAUUCAACCUGUCCGCCUUCGCCAUAGUCGUCAGAAGGACGUGCAGGUCCUUGUUGAAUUUGUUUUUCGUCUCGUCGGAGCUGGUGAUUGGGGGAGGCAACAUAGGCACUGAUGAUGGUGGCGGAUUUGGCUCACAAAAAAGCGGACAGGACAAUGAGGCCGUCGUUGAUGCCCGGCGGCAGACAGGACAGUUGUCCCACGAUGUCGUUCCGGAUGCCAAAGGCGACGCCAGCUUCGCGUCGUUCUGCCCUCGAUAACCUCCCCAAAAGAAGUUGUAGCUGGCACUCACCUCCAUUUGGCAUUGUUCGCAGAAACGGGUGUCGCUUAGCGUAGCGAUGUCCACUUUGUGGGGCGCCAGUUCCCGAGCGACUUACACCGUCUUCCAUUCCGGUCGGCGGUCUCAUAUUUUCUAAAAGGGAGCGAAUUCCAGGCCCCCAGAGUGAGCGGACUCAUCUUGGCAGCCUGUAGAGUCGGGCGGAAGAGGUCUGGAGACGGAAGUUGUUUUGGCCGUGAGAAGUACAUCUUCGAGCCACGAUCUGCGUGCGGAUGACGUGAUUUCAGCAUUUGUUUAAGGCAGUUUCCCUAGCCCCUUCCCCCAUGUGGCGGUAAGCAGUGCUGUCCAGGAAUGCAGCUGCUCAGACAUCCCAGGCGGCUGCCGAACUCCACUAUGGGUCACGGCUUGAUUUACUGGGAGAACGACUUGAGUUAGCCUGGAUCGCCUACGGAAUUGCAUGUCGCCUUCUCCGUAGGACUCCUUGAAGUGGAAGAGGGUGGGGGGUGGGAGAGAGGGCUAGUGAGGAAGGGGGAGGGGAGGGACGGGAAUUGGGGCCGAAUUGCCGACUAUGGGGACACAACACAGGUUACGCCCAUCUGAUUUACCUGCCGGUCGAGGCGGUUACCGAGAUGUGGCCGCUAGGCAAAGCCCAGCUUCAGGGAGCCACGGAUGAGAGUUUGGUGCCAGUCAAAGACCGUGAGGAGCAGCCACCAUUUGCAUGAUGCGACCUACCACCCCUGCCAUGGUGCCCUCUCCACCUGGGCACCCGUACACCUCCUCCCCUCCCGCCUGGUACAUAAGCUCUUGAUGUUAUGUACAACUUCCGCAAUCUGAUUUCGAACUUUCCGCCAGAGACGGCGAAAAUGCGAGCACCGAGUCAUCCAAACGCUCGCGUUCCCCAUUUCGUUGCCUCACUAUCUAGAGUCCGUGUGAGAUCAGACGUGCGCUGUCAGGCAUCACAAAUGCCCUGGAAACCGUCAAUCGCCAUGCGGCAUUUGGAGCCAAGAUUACACAUACGCCCGACAAGAUCAAUGCUAAGUCCGAGGCCAAAAUAUCCACUGCCACGGGAGCACUCCUCGAGCGCAAUUCUCAUUAUUUGGCGUCCUCGCACUCAGAACAACUACGCCUGGAUGACGAACGGAUCGCCACGAAAGGCGAUGAUUGUACGUGCAUCGUAGUGGACGGGAAAGGCAUUACUUAGGAAGUUGUGAUUCGCCAGUCAUAAUGCAGUCACACGUCCAAGUUUGUAUGAAGCGGGGAAUAGGGUAUAUCAGGCGAGACGAUUUGUUCCAUACAGUGGCCAUAAUUUAAUUUCGGCAAACAAAACGCUGGCAAGACCGAGGCUCUUUUCAGACGUGUGUAUGUACGCGUAUCAGCACAUGUGCUCCAAAACGGGUCUCGCGAACGUGUUGGGCUGAGCAGUCGUCUCAUGGAACGCAUUUGUCGGACUCCACUGAAUCUGCAUACGUCUUUAGUCAUUGCCUUAUGUGUAGAUGACACAGUAAACGGACUGGAACCACUGGUGCAGGGAGCGGAAAGACGGAGUGGGGUGGAUCAAGCUCGAAUCCAGCACUAAAUCUCUCGUUACAACUUACUGAAGUCGUCAUAAACCACCGAAGUUAGCUGUACUGAGCGUGCAUCAAAACUGCCGUGCCGUGCAAACAGUUGUGACUUACCUCUCACAUGCGGCGAUCUGAAAUCCUUCAGAGGUUUGAGACGACUCCGUGCGUGACAUGCUGUUUAAUUGCAUCAGACAGUACGCCCUUGCCCACCCCCGGUCAUCUUCAGUCUUGUUAUCGAAAGAAUGUGUGAGUUAGAAGAUUAGAGGGCACAAAUCUGCUUAGCCAUAAACAGGUUUGGGCGCAGAUCACGGCUGAGCCCACAGGAAGAAGUGGUUGACCUCGUCACUAGCAACGAUUGGGCUCUUGAACCAACGUGUUAACCCAAAUUUUAAUUCGAGCGCUUUUGCGAGGCAUGUUUUCAUAAGCGCGUUGAGUUUAUAUCUGUGUAUUUUUAAUGUCGACCAACAUAUCAGUAGGAUCCUGUAGUGCUCUGUUGUGGCGUCACGAUGCUGGCAACCAGAAGCUCAGCACUAAAAUACCAGAAAAAAAACUGCACGGCCGUGCGGUGCAUCGGCGGCGUCAAUCAUAGCUUCCCAGCCCGUCAGCAAGGGUCCGCAGUCCCGUCAACCAAAUGCCGCAUGUUUUAAUUGCGCAGGCUGUACCAUGAAAUCCUGUAGCAGACUCCAGAAUAACUCGAGGGGGAAGAAACCGACGCGUGGCUACAUCGUUGGUGCCCACUUUCGCACGUACGUCGGGUUCCGUCGUCGAAAGUUUGGGGCUUAUUUUGGUGUAGAGUGGAUGACCUUCGAGAACUGACCGAGCCACUUGUUCGUGACCUGCUGUCAUGGUGUUGCGGUGUUAACAUUACUCUGCAAUGUCGAAGAUUAAAUCCUACUAUUUUUUACACAUUUGAAAUCAACCCGCUUAUUAGCUGAUAAAUCCCUUCGAAGAACUUUAAGUUAUACCUUGAAACUUAAAAAAUGUGGAUAUUAACAGACACUGGAUCACCAGGCUCAAGUUAUCCUUGUCGGGGAGCACGUCUAGCUCAGAGCGUGAGGAGGGCACAAACACAGUUAGGGCUUCUUGAAUGUGAUUUCCAUGUAGAAAAUGGCACUCCAGUGUAGACUGUUGCACGACAUUGUGACGACUAUAACCGGCAAAGUUAAGCACCAGCAGAAAUGAAUUCGCUGUCUGUCUCUUCAAGUAGUCAAUCGCAUUCACAGACAGUAAAGCCUUAGCACUGGCAAACGCUGCCUUUGUGCAGCUUAACACUUACUUUAGUUGUCUAACUGAUGGCCGAACAACAGGAUCUUGGCCAGUUCAUGAAAAUACAAUCGUUGACACAGCAACAAGUCAGGUUAAGGGCACCAUCCAUGGUGUCACCUUCGGGUUACACGACGAACACCUAAGCGUUCCCUUACCAGAAUGUCGUCGGAAGGCUGUGUUCAAUAGCAUCGUAUUUUAGUAAAAAAACCAGUUGAGUAAGUUUUGGUCUCAGUGUCAUAAAGAUGCGUUCCCCAAUUUGAAGGACGCAAUGAACACUCGUCAUUUCUUUUCAUUAAACUGCCAGCCGAGCUCGACCGGCAGUUUGAGAAGCGCAAAUAAAUAGGUAAUGGAGUCUUCUAUGAUUUUAAUCCUUCGUCAAUAGUUUCGGUUGUGCAUUUGUCCUGCCUAAAUCAUAAGAUUACCUGACAAGGCUCAGAACCAUACUGAUUUCAUCGCUAGCGCAGUCAAUAGUGAGAAGCAUGACAACUGUUUCGCUGAUCUGUAUUAACACUGAGAAACUACACCCACCAUCUGAUGCGCCUGUUCCCUUUGUGGGCUGAAGUGCUUGUGACAUUCACUGAACGGAGUGACUCACCAUUCUGAUGUCACGGAUACUAAUUAAAAGCUCAGACACGUUUUUGUUGAUCUUGCGUUGUUGCAUGACGCAUCUGCGAGGGAUCCGGUUCAUCAUCGUUCCCAUGUAUUUUCUGGUGUUUAUUCCAAUAUCCGACGAAUUCAAUUUUCCCAAAAAAUUAAUGGACGAAGUCGGAGUAGAUCUUUCAUAACAAACCUUUGCAGGCUCAGUCCUUAAGUUGGUAUGAAUAUUCAAGCUGCGAUCUACCAGUUUCAGCAGAAUAACAGUGUAAUAUUCAUAAAUUGCCUACGAAGACUUCCGCGGUGCCAUUGGCGCCCUGCCUUGUUCUACUUCUCAUGGCCGAAGCUGGCCAUUUAAACCUCGAUUGUCCUUUGCUGUGAAUCUUUGAAUAUCUACCCUGUAUUUUCCUUUUUUGAAACCCUAGAUUUAUUUAUAAGUAAACUACACACAUUUUUGGGGCAGCCCAAAUUUCCUAAUUGUUGCGAAUUCAAAACUGAUCAUAAGUGUCUGUAACUUACCUACUUCAACCGUAGGUGUACUGCGGUGCUAUUAUGAAAGAAUAUUGUCUUGGAGCCUUGGUUAGAUUACUCAGUGAACACAUACGUUCAUUAAGUGGUCGUUCCUUUGGUAUAGCGCUCUAUAUUUAUGCCACAAUUAGCACCUGUGUAGAGAGUCGGUCGCUUUACUGGAUUCUGACGCCUAGUAGACUCAAUGAAUCAAGGGAUUACGGCACUUGCAACUAUCACUUAGGACAGUUUUUAAAUCUCCCGGUUGUUUUACAGUUUGCUCCACAGCACGAAAUAUUUGGAGACUACGAUCAUCUUCGAUAGAUGGGAUAUAAUCAGUAAUUUUGUCCACAUUUAGGUAGCCUGGAAGCUCUUUCCUAAAGGUCUGAUUCUUGGGGACGCUCCACCAACUCUCAAGGUGAAACCCGGCAAACGACCAUCGACUGAGAAAAACGUCCUUCGGCUUUCGUCGGCCUCUAGUGUCGCGUUCAGUGACACCGCUUCGGUGCGAAGCACCACAACGAGUGCCUCCACUCGACGACGUGUCUUGCCUUCCUUCGAAACCUAUGACAGCGUUGGAUCGCGCGGAACCCCAAAUGGUGGGGAGGAAUUUAAAAUGCUCGAUUUGGCGCACUUGUCUCUGUCGUUGGAUAACCUCUUGACCAAUGGUAUGUAUUUUGAAGGACGCUUAAAUCAUGUCGGCCAAAUGUAAUCAGAGGAAGUAACAAAACUAUAACGUCACUUCUUCCUGACUAAUGGUCAAAUUUGAUCCUAAACAUGACGGCUGGCGCCCUUCCAUGUAUACUUAUUCCUCUGGAUGUCCCUGAUUGCUUUCUCCCGUUUACCAGGAAUGGCCUGAUUUUGUCUCCUGAAAGACGUCUUACACGUAGGCUUAUUCGUCAAAUACAUUCUCGGACGGAAGUAGCAGUUAGGUCAUUGGACCAGUGCACUUGUAAAUGGCAUCUUGUGCAUGUACCUGUUGACAAGGCUGUGCGGGUAGGCAUUCGUUCUAAGCACCCGUCAAAAGUUUUGUAAUUCGACAAUCUUGUCCUCGCUGCAGUACGUCCCAGUAUACUGAUAUAGCGUCUUUACGCGACUGUGCUUGUAGGUGAUUGGACAGUCGCUGUUGACACUUAGUACUUGCUCUGUAUUUUCCACCUUCCUGAUAAAUGUGCUUUCUAGGUGACCACAAUCUUUGCGGCGGACGAGGACAUCAAGGAAGGCAUCUGGUUGUUCCUCCUUUGUCGUGAAGAGUAUGUUUAGAAAGAUGGUUCAGAUGUCCUUUGAAUGUCAACACCUGAUCUCAUUCGGUGACUGCGAAAGUACCAUCCGCAUACCGCGCCCAGAAUUUUAGCUUGGGAUUCGGAAUACUGAUGAAUCGUGCCGAUGCAGCGUCACCUCAGCUAUGAGUCCUGAAAUCGAUGAGGCUAUUGGUGUGCCAUUCUUCCGUUCGUAGAUUGUUCCGUCGGACAUGAAGCAUGUCUUGAGACAACACUUCAGGAUUUGGAUAAUUCAGGCGUGUCCGAGGCGAUUCCAUGUUUCAGUACAUUUGCUUUGGCAAAUUAGUUCCAUGGCCUUGACUACCAAAGUAGAAGUAUAGAGAGAAACGCCAUAAACGGAUACUUCGAGCUCGUUUGUCCGGAGACUUAUCUAUUUAAAUUUCUUCAACAGUUGUGUUGACGAACAGGCUGUGGUGUCUGUAGCAGCAGAGAUUUGGGACGCCGGAAGAGCCACUUUGCCCAUCCAUAUGUUGGAGCGCAUUUGACUGAUACGACGGAUCGGAGAUAAGCGCCUUCCUUGUGCACUUUUGAAGGGCCGUAGAAUUGGACCAAGACUGUUUCUUAAGCCCUCGAAAUAAGUCCGUCGAUUGGCACUAAUGCACCUGAAUUCUCCAGUGCCAAAAACGUUGUACUGAUUUUACGCAGUCUGCCCUGCCCACUACGACAGUGGGACGCCCUUUGUCCACGGGCAGCCAUUAUUCAAAACCACUGAUGAAGUUGAGGUACUAGCCCGGACGCAGACGAGUAAGCAAUCGUCUCGCCAACUACGACCGUUGUUGGAAUAUGCGGGAGCUUUUAAGUAUGGUAUUUGGUGGUAGGACAACUGCAUCCUAUAAAUACGGCAUCUCGCGCGUUCAUUAUUAUCUGCUACUGUCUCAUGAGGGGUUCGUGUGAGAAGCUGAGAAGUUAAGGCGGGUAAAAUUCCCUUUCCUGCCGUUGCGCCUCAGCUGCUCCCUGGAACCCGUCCUUUCGUUUUUAUUGGCAAAGUAGGGGAUCUUGACGGACGGCGUGCCGUGGUACACUCUUAAUUUAAAAUCUCCCGCGUCCAUUAAAACAUCAAAAUCAGAACUUGAAGUCCAGUCGUUUCCUUGGCCCGGCCAAUUCCCGAAUUCGAGUCAUAUAGAUCAAGUCUUCGGCAGCGUGAAUGCGAUUGUCCCAUGCCAUGUUUUAAAGACUUUCAAAAAGUGCGUUAAGAACAUGUGAUUCCAGAGUAUUACAUUUUUACUAAGCUAGUAAUUAUCCUAUUUCUAUGCUAAUAAUAGGUGAACUUGGGCUCAUUUCUCCGUGUUUUAUUUAGCAGAACGUUCUAGGUAUAGGUAGCUCAUUUGAAAUACACGAGAACGAUCGUACUAUUACGUUUAGUCAGUGCAGGGGUGAACGGUCUAAACUUGUCUACACUCUAAUAGGGGCUGUCAGUUUUUCCGACAUCUUUCCAGAAGGACAGUGAUUCCAGUUUAGUUAUUCUUUUUGAUUAGAUUUUCUACAACCUCACAACUGCUCUUGCUUAGCUUUAUUCGGUAAAAUUGGAGGCUGGGCAAAUGGCGGUUUUAGUUCUAGGACUCGAAGCCGAACCUACUCCCAUCUUAGUUGACCAUUUUGGGGAGCAUUUCAGUAUACACCCUUUUCGGUCAUCAUUACCAAAAUCCUUAGAUGUCCAGUUUGGUUAACGACUCGAAGCCUUUCUUCAUUCCUUCAAAAGGGUCAACCUUCAAACCUCACCGAGAGACGCGCGGAAACCUUAAAGAGAUCGGAUCCUCCUCUUUGUCUAGUUAUGGGCUACCCGGUUUGCUCACAAAUUUUGGAUAACGAAAAAGCCUUAGUCGAAGGUCUUCCGUAAAAUAAGCGGGCUCCUGAAUCUGCUGAAUGGGCAGCCGCAGAACAGGCAGCAAUAGUGCCUUAAGGCCUGGUUUGACACCUAGCUGGCGAUAACCUGCAUAAAGAUCUUAAGACAAUGCGGUACUACAUCGUAAUUGUUGCUUAUCAUCCAGUAACGUGCCACUCACCACCGUUCUUUACGCCUUAGGGUCCCGCCAAAGGCUAGGUGGAGCCGGGCGUCCUCAAAUUCCGCGAACUUUGAGGACUUGGGAAAUCUACUUCAAGCUACGACUCGUGACUCUUUAUGGUGUUGUUGAUAACCCCAUUGCUAGGUAUUAAGGUUUUUUGAAACCAAGCAGGUUUAUUUCAUUGCGUGACCCAGAAUAGAGUGCAAUUACAAAUCAAUGAUAUUUCUUAUUGUACAGCAGAUUACCGUUUCCAAGGGUGGCAGUUAAUUUCCGCAUAAUCCUAUGUCCACACAACGCUUACCAUUACUUCCCCGGUCGGUCGCCGUUGUGUCGUAAUACCGACAGUGCAGGUGCGGACAGCUAUUAUGUAGUUUUGACGACUAUCUGUGCUUCUCACUUCCCGGUUAUGAAGCGUCUGCCCUUCCGACUCGGGACUCGAACUCAAUCUUGCAAUAAUAUGGAGGUCGGAAUUAUCGGGCCAGUAAGCGCUCGCUCUGCGCUGUAAUAAACUUGGGUUAUUUUAUUACCAAAACUUUAAGUAAUGCCCUGCAGUAGUAGGCCUUCACAUCUUCUCCAAUAGUAUUGUAGUUUAUUUUUUCAUAAAUCCCCUGUGACUUAUUUUCCUUAAGACUACUGAUGCUUAAUUUGAAAGCCGUCUACCUUACAUGCUCCUCUGAUUCAUUUUCUCGCUUGUUCAAGGUCGAUCUGUGACGUCGGCACAUUCGGUCGUAAGCCAGAGAAGUGUUGCAUCGAGGUGUUCUACGGCGUCUACGGUGAAACCAUUUAAGUGA